GUGGUAAUUUUCAGAGAGACAGCCGCGUGAGAGUCUGCAAGUCGUCUAACCAGUUUUUGUAGGGGUGGCAGAAAGAGCACUUCCUCUUUCCUUGGGAGUGUGAUCUGAAUUCCUUCGCUGUUAUGUCUGUUCUCUCAGUCUGCCUUCCUAAGAUCCUAGCCGUUAGAUGAACUGGCUGUGCCAUUUCCAGUUGGAAUACCCUUGCUGGAGAAGUUGGAGAAGUUGACCAUGUCAGAAUGUUACCUGUAUUUAGCCCUGUUGGGACUCAGCAGCAUUGGGAAACAAGUGCUAACACUGGGUGAGGAUGCUUACCAAAUCUCCAGACAUUCCACAUAUGAAAUUGUAAUUCCUCAAAAACUGAUGAACAAGGAAAAGCGCGGGACACAUUUUCAUGAGGAACACUUAGAUAAUCAGUUGUCUUAUUUGAUUCAAACUGGAAACGGCACACACAUUCUGCAACUGAAGAAAAAUGUAAACCUUAUUGGUGAACAGUUCAUAAUGUAUACCUACAGCAAAGAUGGUAAAUUGGAGAGCACUCCCUUUGAAACUAAGGACCAUUGUUAUUAUCUUGGAGUAGUUGAAGGAAUUAAGGACUCUUGGCUUGCUCUCAGUACCUGUGAUGGCCUUAGGGGAAUCCUCCAUAUUGGUGGGAAACAAUAUGGCUUGGAACCAGUCAGUGAAUCUGAUCGAUUUGAACACUUCUUCUUUAUAUUAGAAAAUUCUCACCAACGGCCCUUUUUAUGUGGUGUGACAAAUGAGGAUUGGCACCAUGAACAGAGCAUGGAGAACUUUUUCAAAUACACAAAAGCAUCACAUGGCACUUCUAGUGCAGAGAUACGUCUAAGGAGAAGAAGAGCUGUGCUACCAGAAAAAAGAUAUGUGGAACUGUAUAUUGUUGUUGAUAAUAACAAGUAUUUGAUGGAAAAAUCUGAUGCUGGAGCUGUACAAAAAGAAGUGGUUGAACUGACAAAUUACGUGGAUGGGAUGUUCAGUCCCUUAAACAUACAAGUUGUCCUAAUAGGGGUGGAAAUAUGGACAAAUGGAAACCCAAUAGAUGUGACUACUGGACCAGAUGGAGAUGUACUGAGGAGAUUCGUCGAUUGGAGACAGAAUGUUCUUCCAAAGAGACCAAGAAAUGAUGUCAGCCACCUCCUUAUAGGCAGAGGACCAUUUGAUAGCACAGUUGGAAUGGCUUUUGUUGGGACAGUCUGCAGUCCAGCUCUUGGAGGGUCAUUCAGCACUUUUCAGCAUAGCACAGCACUAAGUCAUGCUACAAUUGUUGCACAUGAGCUGGGACAUAAUCUGGGAAUGAAUCAUGAUGAUAAAAGAUGUCCAGGUGUCUACAUUAUGUACAGUUCAGACAAUGGAUCCAAGAACUUCAGCAGCUGCAGUGCCAAUGAUUUUGAGCAGCUUAUCUUGAAUGGUGGAGGGACUUGUCUUAGAAAUGCUCCCAGACCAAAUGAUAUUUUCACAGAACCUGUCUGUGGCAAUAACGUUGUGGACAGAAAUGAAGAAUGUGACUGUGGCACUCCAAAAGAGUGUUCCAACCCUUGCUGUGAUGCAGCCACUUGCAAACUGAAAGCUGGAUCAGAGUGUGCGGAGGGAUUGUGCUGUGAAAAGUGUCAGUUCAAAGUAGCAGGAAGUGAGUGCAGGCCAAAAAGGAAUACCUGUGAUCUCCCUGAAUAUUGCAAUGGAACGUAUCAUGACUGCCCAGAAGAUGUGUAUAUCAUGGAUGGCUAUCCCUGUAACAAUAUGAAAGAUUAUUGCUAUGGUGGAGUUUGUCAGAAUUAUGAUUCUCAGUGUGAAUCCCUCUUUGGAAAAGGAGCAAAAAAAGGACCAAAUGUUUGUUUUGAAAUUGCAAAUAGCAAGGGAGACAGAUUUGGCAACUGUGGAAUGUCUGGAGGAAAUUUUGUUAAAUGCACCCAAGCCAAUAGUCUCUGUGGCAAACUACACUGCACAUCUGUCAGUCAACAGAAUCUUCCUUCUCAAAUAUACAUGCAAAAUCUGGGUGGCAUUUCCUGUGUGACUACAGAUUUUGACCUUGGGUCAGAUGUUCCUGAUCCAGCUCUGGUUCACAGAGGCACUGCAUGUGCAGAAGGAAAGGCCUGUGUUGACUCCAAAUGUGUGAAUGCAAGUCUUCUUGGUUACAACUGUGAUGUAAAGACAAAAUGUAAUGACCGAGCAGUAAGUAUGAAAAUGAUGAAACUUGUCCAGUGA